AGUGGUAAUUGCAGCUGCUCAGGGGCAGGGCUUGCCCCGGCGCCGAGUAGUGGCAACGGCGUGUGGCGUCAGGGGUGCCUGGGCUCCCGGAGUCCCGAGGGCCUGAAAGCUGCUGCUCCCUAGACAGACACACGCCCUCCCAGGGAGCGGUGCUCCCGAAUCAGCGCGGGGCCGCGGGACCACCCCGAGGGGCUUCCUCAGUGGCGGAGAGGUGGGGUGACAGGGCACAGGUGACAGGGCCGGAGAAAGAUGGAGCAGCCCGGGGCGGCGGCGUCGGGAGCGGGAGGCGGCAGCGAGGAACCCAGUGGGGGCCGGAGCAACAAGCGGAGCGUGGGGAGCCGGGCCGCCAACGAAGAGGAAACGAAAAACAAACCCAAAUUGAACAUUCAAAUAAAAACUUUGGCAGAUGAUGUGCGUGACCGAAUUACAAGUUUUAGAAAAUCUACUGUCAAAAAAGAAAAACAUCUUAUUCAACAUCCUAUUGAUUCUCAAGUUGCGAUGAAUGAAUUUCCAGCACCUCAGCCAUUAUAUGAUGAACGAUCUUUGAAUUUGUCAGAAAAGGAAGUACUGGAUCUCUUUGAAAAAAUGAUGGAGGACAUGAACCUCAAUGAAGAACGGAAAGCUCCUUUACGAAACAAAGAUUUUACCACCAAGCACGAGAUGGUUGUCCAGUAUAUUUCUGCUACAGCCAAAUCUAUAGUUGGAAGUAAAGUUACGGGAGGGCUGAAAAACAGCAAACAUGAAUGCACUCUGUCUUCACAAGAAUAUGUUCAUGAAUUACGAUCUGGCAUUUCAGAUGAGAAACUUCUUAACUGCCUAGAAUCUCUGAGGGUUUCUUUAACCAGCAAUCCUGUCAGCUGGGUUAACAACUUUGGCCAUGAAGGUCUUGGACUCUUACUGGAUGUGCUGGAAAAGCUUCUGGACAAGAAACAGCAAGAAAAUAUUGACAAGAAGAAUCAGCAUAAACUUAUUCAGUGCCUCAAAGCAUUUAUGAAUAAUAAGUUUGGAUUGCAAAGGAUUCUAGGAGAUGAAAGAAGUCUUUUACUAUUGGCAAGAGCUAUUGACCCCAAACAACCCAACAUGAUGACUGAAAUAGUAAAAAUACUUUCUGCUAUUUGCAUUGUCGGAGAAGAUAACAUUCUAGAGAAACUUUUAGGGGCUAUAACUACAGCGGCAGAAAGAUAUAACAGAGAACGAUUUUCACCAAUCGUUGAAGGGCUAGAAAAUCAUGAAGCUUUGCAAUUACAGGUGGCUUGCAUGCAGUUUAUAAAUGCCCUUGUCACUUUUCCUUAUGAGCUUGAUUUUCGAAUACAUUUAAGGAAUGAGUUCCUCCGUUCUGGACUAAAGACAAUAUUACCAGAUCUGAAAGAAAAAGAGAAUGAUGAGCUUGAUAUUCAGUUGAGAGUAUUCGAUGAAAACAAAGAGGACGACCUAACUGAGUUAUCACAUCGUCUCAACGACAUUCGAGCAGAAAUGGAUGAUAUGAAUGAAGUAUACCAUCUUCUGUAUAAUUUGUUGAAGGACACAGCUGCUGAAAAUUACUUAUUAUCCAUUCUACAACAUUUUUUGCUUAUCAGAAAUGAUUAUUAUAUCAGGCCACAGUAUUACAAAAUAAUUGAGGAGUGUGUUUCACAGAUAGUGCUGCACUGCAGUGGUAUGGAUCCAGAUUUCAAGUAUAGACAAAGAUUAGACAUUGACUUAACUCAUCUGAUAGAUUCUUGUGUGAACAAGGCAAAAGUUGAAGAAAGUGAACAAAAAGCUGCGGAAUUUUCAAAGAAGUUUGAUGAAGAAUUCACAGCUCGGCAGGAAGCACAAGCUGAGCUUCAGAAAAGAGAAGAAAAAAUCAAGGAGCUUGAAACAGAAAUCCAGCAACUUCGAACCCAGGGCCAUGGAGUCUCAGGUGCAUCAGGAAUUCCAGGCCCUCCUCCACCACCUCCACUGCCAGGCGGUGGGCCUCCCCCACCUCCACCUCCACCUCUACCCAUCGGAGUCCCCCCUCCUCCUCCUCCUCCUUUGCCAGGAGGUAUACCACCACCACCACCACCUUUGUUUGGGGGACCUCCUCCACCACCUCCCCUUGGAGGAAUUCCUCCUCCCCCAGGAGCACCAAUUGAUCUGCCUUAUGGAAUGAAGCAGAAAAAAAUAUAUAAACCAGAAGUGUCCAUGAAGAGAAUCAAUUGGUCAAAGAUUGAACCCAAAGAAUUAUCUGAGAACUGUUUCUGGUUAAAGGUUAAGGAGGACAAGUUUGAAAAUCCAGAUCUCUUUGCAAAAUUGGCACUGAAUUUUGCUACCCAGAUGAAAGUUCAAAAGAAUGCAGAAGCUUUGGAGGAGAAGCCCCAACCUACCAAGAAGAAGGUGAAAGAGCUGAGAGUUUUGGAUCCCAAAACGGCCCAGAAUCUGUCUAUCUUCCUUGGAUCAUAUCGUAUGCCAUAUGAAGAUAUAAAAAACAUUAUUUUGGAGGUCAAUGAAGACUUGUUGACUGAAGCCUUAAUUCAGAACCUUGUUAAAUAUCUUCCAGAGCAGAAGGUUCUCAAUGAAUUAGCGCAGCUGAAGAAUGAGUAUGAUGACCUUUGUGAGCCUGAACAAUUUGGAGCUGUGAUUAGCUCAGUGAAAAUGUUGCGGCCUCGUCUCAAUAGCAUUCUUUUCAAGCUCACUUUUGAAGAACAUGUAAACAACAUCAAACCAAGCAUCAUAGCAGUAACUCUUGCUUGUGAAGAACUGAAGAAAAGUGAAAGCUUUAACAGACUUUUAGAGUUAGUUCUUUUGGUUGGAAACUACAUGAACUCAGGCUCAAGAAAUGCCCAGUCCUUGGGUUUUAAGAUCAACUUCCUUUGUAAGAUAAGAGAUACUAAAUCAGCAGAUCAAAAAACAACCCUCUUGCAUUUUAUUGCUGAAAUUUGUGAAGAAAAAUACCGGGAUAUCCUGAAAUUUCCUGAAGAACUGGAACAUAUAGAAAGUGCAAGCAAAGUUUCAGCUCAAAUUCUCAAGAGCAACCUUGCGGCAAUGGAACAACAGAUUGUUAAUCUGGAACGUGACAUCAAGAAAUUCCCCCAAACAGAAGAUCAACAUGAUAAAUUCGUGGAAAAGAUGACUAGCUUUACAAAGAUCGCCAGAGAACAGUAUGACAAACUGUCCACCAUGCACAGCAACAUGGUCAAGCUCUAUGAGAAUCUUGGAGACUACUUUAUUUUUGACUCUAAGACAGUGAGCAUAGAAGAGUUUUUUGGUGAUCUCAACAACUUCCGAACUUUGUUUCUGGAAGCAGUAAAAGAAAACAACAAGAGAAAAGAAAUGGAAGAGAAGACUAGGAGGGCAAAGCUUGCAAAAGAGAAAGCCGAACAAGAAAAGCUGGAACGCCAGAAGAAAAAGAAACAGCUCAUUGAUAUAAACAAAGAGGGUGAUGAGACUGGUGUGAUGGAUAAUCUUCUAGAAGCCCUACAAUCAGGCGCAGCAUUCCGAGACCGCAGGAAGCGGAUUCCCAGGAACCCAGAUAACAGACGGGUACCUUUGGAAAGGUCACGCUCUCGCCACAAUGGAGGUAUCUCCGCUAAGUGAGUCCUGAUGCCAAAGAAUAUAAAAAUAUUUCAGUAAAUAAAAUCAUUCAUUUUGAGAACAAAACAUGCACUCAAGGGAUGGAGAAGAAUCAGUGCAUUUCUGCAAAGAUCAAGCCAAGCCGGAUGAAACAGCCUGCAUUUGUAAAGCUAUUGCAAGACUCCUCCCACAAUCAUACUAAUAUGAACACAAUUAUUGGGAUUCUAAAAUGUGUGUUCCAUUUUAGUGUAAAGAUGUGUAUUAUUUGUUAUUGUGUGUGACCUAACAGUGAUGGUGAAAAGUGUAAGAAAUUGAAGAGCUCUAAGGCUUUCAAAUCAUUCAGUCUGUCAGAAACGUACAAUGUUACUCAACUUUGCAGGUCACCUCCCCCACAGCCCCUCCCCCCCCCAAAAAAAAAAGGAAGAAAGAGAAGAAAAGGGGUAGAAAAAAAGAAUGACUCAAUAUCUGCUUCUGAUUCUUGUUACAUAGAAAAGGAAAAGGCCAAUGAAAAAGUAUGUGUUAGUAAUAUGGAGCGGCAGUAAGAGACACCAUUUUGGAAUCUCAGCAAAAGUACUGCUUCGCCCCUGUCUAAUUAGUUAGAAUCUUAUCUCAAGUGAAAGCUGAUGGAUUCAUCUGCUUUGGCUGAAAUUAAACUGAUCAUUAAUCUAAAGUUUCAGCAUGAUAGUGCGGGCACUUUUCAUUGCUAAAAAUAAACCAAAGUUCAACAGCAGCAAAGUGAUUUAAAUUUUAUUUAAAGAAGUGUUUUCUAAUUAUGCACAUAUAUCAACUUUAUAUAAAUACUUUAUAUGGCUAUUUUUGAGAAAAACUUCACAUCUUAAUGUUUAGGUGAGGGAUGAACCUAAAAAUUCUAUUACCUUUAUUUAGAUUUUUAAAGGUAAAUAUUGAUUCCUAAUCUGUGUGGUUUAUUUCUUCUCUCUACUCUUCUUUCUCCUAUGAUCCCCUUGGAAGCAGGGAAUAGAAUUCUCAGAGACCUGAGAGGAAAAAGAUUUCUCUCUGCAAGAGGCAGCAGAAAACUGAAAGGUCAAUUGUUUUAUCUGCCUUUCUACUCCCCUUUCCAAUUCUGCCUCGGUGGUCUGAGGAAGAAAAACCAAUUUAUGUAUGUAUGUGUACAUAUGUGGAUAUAUUUAUAUCUCCUGCUACAGUAAUUCCACAUCCCAGUGACUAAGUGAACUUCUGAGUCAUCAUACUUACUUACCAAUAUUAACAAAUUUAAAUGCUGCCGCCAUAAACAGCUCUAGGAAGAAAAUAGGCUCUACGUUUUUCUUAAAUUGAUGAGAGAGUAACGAUUAUAUUUCAAUUGUCUAUUAUUUUAAAGUAUGCAUUGAAGUAAUGUGGUAUAACUUCUCUGGAGUGCAAUUUUAAGACCAAUCCAUGCAGAUGAUUAUUGUAAAAGAUUUCUUAUGUGUAUAUAUCUUACAUAGAGAAUCCUAUUUCUCCUCCAAAGCACAUUGUAGACAUUCAGAAAGAACAAAGGACUGACUUGGCAAGUCACCACAUGAGAUAAAGACAACUAGUGGCCAGUUUCCUUUCUGCAGAUGUGUGAUGAUUCAGUGCUGCCUUUCCCUCCAGUGCAUUCUUACUUGGGUGUCAUACUUUACAAAGCUCUAAAGCUGCUAUGAUAGAGAAAUCAACAAGAAUUACAGUAUCUGAGAUGUUACAGUUUUAUCUCCUCUUAAGACACUCACAUAGGCACACACAUACACAAAUUUAAAGGAUAUACUAAUUUCACAUAAUUUUUUAAACAAAGAUAUUGGUUCUACUAAUUUAUGUAAAUACUUAACGUGUGUAUUUUUGACUUCAACAAGUCAUUUCUGAAAUCUUCAUGGUAUGGCUUCUUUGAAUCCUUUGAUAGCUUUUUAGGCCUGGGGAAAUAUUUUGAAAAAUUAACCCUGACUAAUGUGUAGGGGCAUUUGCCAUGCCAUAUUACCAAGCUGGUCAAGGUAGAAAUACUGAUGUAUAUCACCUUUUCCAGAUGUGAACUUGCCUUAUUUUAUAGUUUGUGAAAAAAAAAAGAACUAUUAUUGAUAAAGUAUAUAUUUGUAUUUAAAGUAAUCCCACCUGCUUUUCACAAAUAUUAUGAAGCCUUUUCAGGGUCUUUCAUGAAGUUCCAAUAAUUGAGUUCAGGGAAUUGCUUCCCAGAUUUAUAAUGAUCCUGCUCUAGCUAUUUGCAGUCUGGGGUUAGAUGGAAACGUAUCACCAAAAAAGUGCAUCAUGACAUUUUUAGUAUGGAAUCAGAUUAUACUGAAGUCUCUUGUUGGAUUUAUUACUACCACAUGUGAGAAGCACCAGUUUAUGAAGAUUUUCUUCAGAAUGUUUUAAAAAAUUACAAAGCCCUUAAAAUGUUUACUAGUUGUAUUAGUUUCCUUCGGCUGCUAUAACACAGUAUCACAAACUCAGUUGCUUCUUAACCCAUCAGAAAUUUAUUCUCUCGAGAUUCUGCUGCCCAGAUGUCUAAAACCAAGGGCCAUGCUCCCUCCAGAGGCUCUAAAGGAAAAUCUGUCCUUGCCUCUCCCUGCUUCUGGUGGCUGUCGGCAUUCCUUGGCUUACAGUCACAUCUCUGCUCCAUUUU